AUGGUCCUUGCUCACAGAAAGCUAAGGGACCAGAUGCUGCGCAAUACUCUCAUGUCUACGUCGGAUGCGGUCUUGCUCUUCGAUGUUGGAGCAGGUCAGGUAGCCGCCUCCCUAUGCCCGUCUCUGAUAACAGCUGGACUGACUCGCGGGAAACAGGCCCAAGGAAGUAGACCGUCCCAGGAGGAUCGGUACACAAUCGUGCUGCCGGAGCAGUUCCCCGCGAAGACAGACGACCAGAUUGCGUUCUUUGCGAUUUACGAUGGGCAUGGGACUGGGCUCGUUGCAGACCAUGCCAGCAGGAAUCUACACCACUUGCUUGCUAAACGACCGGAGUUCGAUCGAGGGGACUACGCCGCUGCUAUGCAGGCUGCCAUGGCCGAUGAGGAUGGCGUGCUGUUGGAGUAUUUCAAGCACGAGUCUGCAGAGCCCGCGGUGUCCGGAUCAACCGUUGCGGUGUGCUUGAUCAACUUGACGAAAGGGGAGUUAGUGGUCUCCAAUCUGGGCGACUCGCAUGUCAUUUUGGCCGAGCGUGAUCCCAAGACGGAAUUUCCCUACCACAUUCGCCGCCUCACGCAGACACACAAGCCGGAGAUGCGCAGCGAACAGGCGCGCAUCAAGGAGGCCGGGGGCACCGUGCAAAUGCGGGGCGGAAUCGCUCGGCUCGGAUCCCUGAACAUGUCUCGGGGGUUGGGCGACCUGCAGUACAAGAACCCGGUGAACACCGUGGAGGAUGAUAGCUUGACGCCCCAAACACGACGCGCCUCGUCGUCAUCGACGCCGAUUCGUGGGGACUUCUUGUCUAACGACCCACACACCUCACGGCGCACACUGCAGUCAGACCGCCGGUACCUGCUCGUUAUCGUGUCGGACGGAGUCAGCGACCGCACCGAGGAUGCGGACCUGAUCCAGCACGUGAUGAAGCUGUCGAUGCGCGGGAUGCGAGCCAGUGAUAUUGCGCAGGAGGUGGCCAGCACCAGUGCUAGCUGUUCGAAGAGCGACAAUGCCUCGUGUAUUGUUGUGAUGGCGGAUGGGCAGCAUUCGUGA